GGGGGAAUGGCGUGGAGGGAGGCUCUCCUACUAUUUCCAGGACGACAGCUGCUGGAAGGCAAAGAGGAUGCCAGGAAGAGAAUUCCAGACAAGUGAGAGUGGAAAGAGGCAUUAAAAUGGAAAGCAGAUCCAGCCAGCAGUGAAAGUAUUUUCCACUUCCUCUGGCAGAUGACCGACAAGAGAGAGAAUAACAGGAAGAAAGUUUUGGGCUGAACUCAAGCAAACACUCCUGAAAAAGGUCAGGAGGGAUCAUUUCCAGAUUUACAAAAAGGGGAAAUAUUCUGGAAAUCACUGGGGCGGAAGGUGUCACUUGAGUAGGCAUAUAAGACAGGCAGCCAUGGAAGCUUCCCCCUGCCAAGAAAGAAAGAGUAGCUUGAAUCAAAGAAAACCAUAUGGAUGUCCAGGCUGUGGGAAAACUUUCAGCCGGAAUUCUCACCUGAUGAAACACCAGAGGACUCACAAAGGAGAGAAACCAUAUAGGUGUCAGGAUUGUGGGAAAAGAUUCAGGCAUAAUUCCCAGCUGGUGAUACAUCUGAGGACUCACACAGGAGAGAAACCCUAUAAAUGUGCAGAUUGUGGGAAAGGCUUCAGUAAUAAUUCCAACCUGAUCGUACACCAGAGGAGUCACACAGGAGAGAAACCAUAUGAGUGUACAGAUUGUGGGAAACGUUUCAGUCAUAGUUCCAACCUGAUGAUACACCAGAGGACUCACACAAGGGAAAAACUAUUGGAGUGUCGGGAUUGUGGGAAAAGUUUCAAUCAGCAUUCUGACUUUGUGACACACCGGAGGACUCACACAGGAGAGAAACCAUAUAAGUGUUCCGAUUGUGGGAAAGUUUUCAGUCAUAAUUCUGACCUUCUGAACCACCAGAAGAGUCAUACUGGAGAGAUCCCAUACAAGUGUCUGGACUGUGGGAAAGGUUUCAUUCGGAAUUCUGCCCUGCUAAUGCACCAGAGGAUUCACACUGGGGAGAAACCGUACAAGUGUCCAAAUUGUGGUAAAUGUUUCAGUUGGAAUUCUAGGCUUGUGAUGCACCAGAUGACUCACACAGGGGAGAAACCAUAUAAGUGUCCAGAUUGUGGGAAAGAGUUCAGUCAUAAAUCCAACCUGAUGAUACACCAGAGGACGCACACAGGGGAGAAACUAUACAAGUGUCUGGACUGUGAGAAAUCUUUCAGUUCAAAAUCUGGCCUGGUGAUACACCAGAGGAUUCACACAGGGGAGAAACCAUAUGUGUGUCAGGAUUGUGGGAAAAGUUUCAGUGUUAAUUCCAACCUUGUGAGACACAAGAGGACUCACACGGGAGAGAAACCAUAUAAGUGUGCAGAUUGUGGAAAAUAUUUUCGUUGGAAAUGUGUUCUGGUGACACACCAGAGGACUCACUCAGGGGAGAAACCAUAUCAAUGUCUGGAUUGUGGAAAACGUUUCAGUCAGUAUUGCGUCCUUGUGACACACCAGAGGACUCACACAGGGGAGAAACCAUAUGAGUGUCCGGACUGUGGGAAAGGUUUCAGUGCUAGGUCUAUCUUGAUAAAUCAUGUAGGUAUACAUACAGGGGAGAAACCUUUCAAAUGCACAGAGUGCAGACAAUGCUUCUCGCAAACCUCCUCCCUUAUUAAACACAAGAAAAUCCACAUGAGGCAGAAGGUGAUGAGUGAAGAGAAGCUUGGGAAACACGCUACUCUAGUGAUAGAAAAAAGGCCUGAAAUGGGGGAGAAGUCUUUUGGGUGUUCUGAUUGUGGGAAAACUUUCAGUAGGAAUUCUCACCUCGUGAUACACCAAAGGAUGCACACAGGAGAGAAGCCCUAUGAGUGUCCAGAUUGCGAAAAACAUUUCAGUCAGAAUUCCCACCUGGUGACACACCAGAGGACUCACACAAGGGAGAAAAUGUAUGAGUGUCCAGAUUGUGGGAAAGAUUUCAGUCAUAACUCCAACCUGGUGAUACACCAGAGGACUCAUACAGGGGAGAAACCCUAUGAGUGUCCAGACUGUGGGAAAGGUUUCAGUCAUAAUUCCAACCUUGUGAAACACCAGAGGACUCACACUGGGGAGAAACCAUAUGUAUGUCCAGAUUGUGGGAAAGGCUUCAGUCAGAAAUCCCAUCUUGUUAAACACCUGAGGAUUCACACUCGGGAGAAACGGUACGAGUGUCCCCAUUGUGAGAAACGUUUCUUCUGUAAUUCCAACCUGAAGAUACACCAGAGGACUCACACAGGAGAGAAGCCAUAUGAGUGUCCAGAUUGUGGGAAAGGUUUCAGUCUGAAUUCAAGUCUUGUUAAACACCUGAGGGUUCACACUCAGGAGAAACGGUACAAAUGUCCUGAUUGUAGGAAAAGUUUCAGUCAUAAUUCUGACCUUGUGAAACACCUGAGGAUUCACAGAGGAGAGAAACCCUUUGAAUGUCCUGAUUGUGGGAAAGCUUUCAGUCAUAAUUCCAAUCUUGUGAAACACCAAAGGAUUCACACAGGUGAUAAGCCAUAUAAGUGUCUGAACUGUGGAAAAUGUUUCAGUUGGUAUUCUGGCCUGGUGAUACACCAGAGGACUCACACAGGGGAGAAACCAUAUGAGUGUCCAGACUGUGGGAAAGGUUUCAGUACUAGAACUAACCUUAUAAAUCAUGUAGGUUUACACACAGGUGAGAAACCUUUUAAGUGCCCAGAGUGUGGACGGUGCUUCUCACAAAAUUCCUCCCUUACUGUACACAAGAAAAUCCACAUGAGCCUGAAGAUAAUGAGUAAAGAGAAGAUCCCACCACUCCUACUAAAACAAAAAAGGACUGAAAUGGGGAAGAAAUCAUAUGGGUGUUCUGAUUGUGGGAAAACUUUCAAUCGGAAUUCUCAUCUUGUGCAACACCAGAGGACCCACACAGGAGAGAAACCUUAUGAGUGUCCAGAUUGUGGGAAAGGCUUCAGUCAGAAUUCCCACCUGGUGACACACCAGAGGAUUCACACAGGAGAGAAACCGUAUGAGUGUCAGGAUUGUGGGAAAAAAUUCAGUGAUAAUUCCAAUUUUGUGAUACACCAGAAGACUCACAGAGGAGAGAAACCGUAUGUGUGUCCAGAUUGUGGGAGAGGUUUCUUUUGCAAUUCCCAUUUGAUGAAACACCUGAGGACUCACACAGGAGAGAAACCAUAUGAGUGUCCCGAUUGUGAGAAAGUUUUCAGUCAUAAUUCUGACCUCCUGAACCACCAGAAGAAUCAUACUGGAGAGAUACCAUACAAGUGUCUGGACUGUGGGAAAGGUUUCAUUCGGAAUUCUGCCCUGCUAAUGCACCAGAGGAUUCACACUGGGGAGAAACCGUACAAGUGUCCAGAUUGUGCUAAAUGUUUCAGUUGGAAUUCUAGCCUUGUGAUGCAUCAGAGGACUCACACAGGGGAGAAACCAUAUGAGUGUCCGGACUGUGGGAAAGGUUUCAGUGCUAGGUCUAUCUUGAUCAAUCAUGUAGGUUUACAUACAGGGGAGAAGCCUUUCAAAUGCCCAGAUUGUGGAAAGUGCUUCUCACAAACGGCCUCCCUUAAUAAGCAUAAAAAAAUCCACAUGAGGCAGAAGGUAAUGAGUGAAGAGAAAUCUUGAAUUUCUUUUCUGAGCUGCCUUUGCAAAUGUAGCUGAGAAAUUAUUUAAUUUCUGGUCUCAUUCAGUUUAGUGAAACAUGUUUCAGUGUUAGGCAUGAGGGAGGAGAGAAAAGAAAUGAAAAUGGGAAAUGUUAGCUUGAUCAAGGUUAACUACUUGCGUCUGGCUAUCAGCAGAACGUAGUGGAUAUUCUCUUGUGAAAAAAUAGUACAAUUGCUGCAAAAAGGAUUGGGGGUUAUAGUUUUUGCAUGUUUAACAACAAGAGUUCAUAGAAAAGCAACAUACAGAGUUUCAGAAAUCUGCAGAUGCUAAAAAAUAAAAGAUAGGAGCUCUCUGACUUACUGAUUUAGCUGCUCAAAUGUGAGAUGAUCAGAGAGGAGAGGUAAAGAGAAUUCAGAGUUCAUUCUUAAAAACAUUUUCAGUGCAAGAAGAAUCCCUGUUCAGUUUGUGCAGAGUGAAAGAAGAACAGUGAAGCACACAAUGGAGAACACAUGAGGGAGGUUUGGGGCAGUGAGAAAAGCACAAAAAUUUCACAUGUAAAGAUUGUUGAACAUGAUAUGCAGACACUAUUGGAAUAUUAUAGAGCAGUGGUGGCGAACCUAUGGCACGGGUGCCAGAGGCGGCACUCGGAGCCCUCUCUGUGGGCACACGUACCGUGCCCUGGAGAUAGCGAGGGACUGGACCCCACCACCUUGGCCCUUCCCACCCAGUCUGCCAUGACCACCCAGCACCCGGUGAUAAAUAAAUGGGUUUUGGGUUGCAGUUUGGGCACUGGGUCUCUAAAAGAUUCGCCAUCACUGUUAUAGAGGAAAAAAGGGAUGUGAGUUUUGAGCGUAGGUUCUCCAGGUUUCCUAGCAACUCUUGCUAUGAUCUUCUUUGCUUUGAGGUGCCUCUUGUUAGCCUUUGAAUUCUGGUAGGUGAUAGCAGUGGAAGGUGAUACAUUUUUGCUGAGUUUACUUGACAUCAAAUAAAUCAAGGAUUGUUCAUUUCAGUAACACAAUUCUGGUUAUAAUAGCACUCCCAGUGACUCUGGACACAUAAACAAUGGAGCACUUGCUUCUCCAGUGACUGUAUUACAGAGACAUUUGUACCAGGUUCAUCUCUCCUGUACUGCAUAAACUACUGUUCUCUUAGUUCCAUUUAGACUUCUGCUUUUUAAUAUACUCUGUCAUUUAUGUCUUUUGUUUUUUAGUAUACUUAUUAUUUUUUAGACUUUGAUUACUUUCUAUAGUUUUUAGCUAAGUACACCCUAUGUUUGUUAGGCUGGUACUUCGCUAUAAUAAAGAUUUUAAAUUGUAAAAUAA